GGGUCUUUGUCGGGCUGGCGAGCGCGGUUCCCGAUUCCGCGGGCAACUGCUUUCACUUUCGCCUUCGCCGCCCCCUAGCUCGGGCUGUGUCCCCUCCCCGCCCCGCAGCCUUCCCCCACAGCCCCCGGCGCUCCCUCCGGGGCCAUGGAGGCGCUCAGAGCCCGGGUGGUGAGCACGCUGGACAGCAUGAGCCAGCCGGAGCUGAAAGAGUUCAAGUUUUACCUGAGGAACUCCGGGGAGGAGCCUAGGAUCACGAUGCAGGACCUGGACAGGGCCCCCACGACCUCGGCUCUGGCCGAUCUGCUGGUCAAGCGCUACGUCGUGUCCGGGACCCCCAGGGUCUUGGUCCGGGUGUUCCAGCGGAUGCGCCGGAACGACCUGGUAGCCGAGUGGGAAACUGCUUCAAGGAUGAAUUUGAAGAGACCAUAUGAAAAUGAUGGCCCUGGAUUGGAACGCUAUAACAUGGAAAAACCUCGUAAGGCUUUUGUGAUGUGUGUGAAGACAGGCAGACCAGGGGCUGAGCAGGAUCGAAACAUAAUAAGAAACUGGCUUGAAGAGUGCAAGUUUGAAUGUACAUCAUGCAUCGAUCCUGAUGAAAAGGAAUUAAUGGAGAAAUUAACAGAGUUUCGAGAUGGAAUAAUUGGAAUAAAAGAUGAUGUUAGUUGCUGCCUUGUUACUCUCAUGGCCCAUGGAGGAAAAGGCUUUAUAAAAACAGUAUUGGAUGAAAGAGUCAACUUAUCAGACAUUUUUGAAAUGUUCAACAAUGAAAACUGUCCAGCGCUUCAAGAGAAACCAAAAAUCUUUGUAAUCCAGGCUUGUAGAGGAGGUCGAAGAGAUGGUGGUGUUGUUCAAGCCGAUGACGAACCAAUGGAAGUGGAUGAUUCACAGAAAAAGCGACUUCCCACAUUCAGUGAUUACUAUAUCAUCUAUCCUACCCAAGAAGAUCAUGUUGCUUUACGCCACCCAAAAGAUGGUUCUGUGAUGAUUCAAGCAAUAGAUGAAGUCUUUCGUCAACAUGGCAAGAAGUUGCAUAUUGCGGAUUUUUUUACUCAAGAGAAUUGUCCCCAGAUAAUUCCAGAAAAUCCUCCCAGGCCCCACAUCAAGAUUGUGAACAACAGAGUGGUGCACACAGACUUUUACAUGAAUAAGAAUCCUAUAAAGGUAGUACUGGUCAUGGAGUCCACUCUCACCAGAGCUGUGUACUUUUGACACUUGGUAGAAGUCGAGGAGGUAGAGGAUUUUCAAUACAGAAUAACUUGUUUAUGCAUUAGCAUUGUGCUUCACACUGUAAAAAACACUGGCUGUUAUGUAUGUUGGUUGGAAUCUGGUGUGAAGAUUUCUAGGAUUGUAGAAAUCCUAGAAGGUAGAAAUGAGUGAGAACAGAUGUGAACUAUAGACAGAUGUCUCCCUACGGGAGUUCUUUCUGUCAAAAAAUGAAUUCCUGUCGUUUUUUUUUAAAUUUAUUUUCAUGUUUCUAAGAUUUUUUAAAAAAAUGGUUUAUUUACUACUUGAACUUUUAAUUCCCUUUUAUUAAAAAAGUUAAAUCUU